AUGAAGGCGGUAGUGAUCACAAGCCCUGGUGGCCCAGAAGUGCUUCAGUUGAAAGAAGUUGAUGACCCACAAAUCCAAGAUGAUGAAGUUUUAAUCAGAAUUGUAGCCAGCGCACUCAAUGGAGCUGAUACCCUUCAGCGGAUGGGUAGGUACGAUCCACCUAAGGGUGACAGCCCGUACCUGGGUCUCGAAUGUUCCGGUACCAUCGAAGCCGUUGGGAAAAAUGUUUCUCGCUGGAAAAUUGGUGACCAGGUAUGUGCUUUAGUUGGUGGGGGAGGGUACGCAGAAAAAAUAGCUGUACCUGCUGGGCAGGUUCUUCCUGUUCCACCUGGUGUUUCUUUGCAAGAUGCAGCUAGUUUUCCUGAGAAUUCAGCAAGGGAAAACCGUGAGCUUGGUGAUGUAAAGUUGAAGCUGACUUUCUAA